UCACUGCGCGCCCGGAGUGACAUCACUUCCGCUUCCUCCCGCGCCGGCAGUGGUUUCCGCUCCGCUUUCUGCGCCGCGUUUCGGCCUGUCUCGGGUGGGCUGUUCUCGAGUCGCGGCGAGGCCGGCGCACCGCAGCCAUGACAGAGGCUGAUGUAAAUCCGAAGGCCUAUCCCCUCGCAGAUGCCCACCUCACCAAGAAGCUGCUGGACCUCGUUCAGCAGUCAUGUAACUACAAGCAGCUUCGGAAAGGAGCCAAUGAAGCCACCAAAACCCUCAACAGGGGCAUCUCUGAGUUCAUUGUGAUGGCAGCAGACGCUGAGCCCUUGGAGAUCAUCCUGCACCUCCCACUGCUGUGUGAAGACAAGAAUGUCCCCUAUGUAUUUGUGCGCUCCAAGCAGGCCCUAGGCCGGGCCUGUGGGGUCUCCAGACCUGUCAUCGCCUGUUCUGUUACCAUCAAAGAAGGCUCCCAGCUCAAGCAGCAGAUCCAGCGGCUCUCUGUAGCUAAGACACCUGCUAACCUGGCGUGA